GUUCGGUGAGACGCGGCGGGAAGGAGACGUGCGUGCGCCGCGUCCUGCAGUGAGGAGGAGUGUCCCGCGGGAGUGAGUGUGCUGAUGAUGGCGUGUGGUGAUAUGUGCUGGUGACUGGCCGGGGGGGGAGGAGGAGGAGGAGUGUGCGGCGGGGCGAUGCCUGUGGCGCGGUCCGUGUCGGCGUCCCAGCUGGCCCGAGGCGGCGAGGGGAGCGGGGGGGGAGGCGCGCCCCUACUAAUGCUGGCCCCCAAGGCACACACCCUGGACAGCAGGUUGACGAAGCCCUCCAUGAUGAAUGGACACGGGGAACCCCGCAGGAAGCGGCCGUUCAUGUCCUUCCGCCUCAGUAAGAAGUCUAGCAAGCACAAAGAGGGAGGAGGAGGAGGGGCAGGGCGGGAGGUGAGCCAGAACCCUGGUGGGGGCAGCAGUGGUAGUGGUAGUGGGGGUGAGGGGGAUGCUGCCCUCCUGCAGGGGAACAGCACCAUCUCGGAGAACGGUGCCGAGAGUCUGGACGGCAGUGAUUCCAGCAGUGCCUCAGUGAAACCAAAGAAAAAAUACCUGACGCGGGUGAGCUCCUUUGUGAGUCGCGUGGCCUCCAAGGUGCAGGGUGGCGGUGGCCCAGGCGGCGUGCCGGGUGCCCCCACUGCCCGGGGCCGGCUGGAGCGCAGUAAGACAAUAUCCGUGUCUGACCUGAGAACGACCAAGGCGGAGGAGUGCGUGGAGUUCCCCGAGGGGCGAGUGCCGGGGGUGAUGGGGAUCCGGAACCACGGGAACACGUGCUUCAUUAACGCGGUGAUUCAGUGUCUGAGCCACACGGAUGUGCUGGCAGAGUACUUCGUGCUGGACCAGUACAAGCACGACCUGGCGCGCUGCAACAAGAUCAACUCCAAGAAGUACGGCACGCGGGGUGAGAUCACGGAGCAGCUGGCCGUGCUGCUCAAGGCGCUUUGGACGCUGCGCUAUGUCCCGGACCUUUCCAUGAACUUCAAGAACACGGUGGACAAGUACGAGUCUCUGUACCGCGGCUCACAGCAGCACGACGCCGCUGAGUUCCUCAUGUUUGUGCUGGACAAGGUGCAUGAGGACCUCAACACUGCCUCAAAGCGCAAGUACAAGAAGAUCAAGAACACCUAUGGGCGGCCGGAUGAGAUUGUGGCGGCGGAGACCCUGGCCAACCACCUCAGAUGUAACAGUAGCUUCAUCCAGGAGAUUUUCCAGGCUCAGUUCCGGUCGUCUCUCAAAUGCCCUCACUGCCAGAAGGAAUCCAACACGUUUGACCCGUUCGUGUGUGUGUCCAUCCCCAUCCCUCAGCGGCAAAUGCAGGCCAUCUUUGUGUGUGUGGUGUACCUCAAUCAACAGCCCAAGCAGGUCCAGCUUGGCAUCAGCAUUGAGAACACAGCCAGCAUCCAUGACCUCCGGCAGCAGCUGGCGGAGGACUGUGGCAUCCCGGCCACCAGUCUUAUCAUCACCGAGGUGGACGGGGAGGGCUUUCACCGGACCUUUGCUGACGCCAGCCCGGUCAAUGUGAUAGGGGAGAGUGACCCCCUGUACGCCAUCGAGCUGCCACCACACAAGCUUCCAACGCAGGAGAGUGGCGCCUUCAUCCUCAUCACCUGGGUCAACGUGGUGCUGGCCGACCCGGAGAACAUCAGGUUCGGUGGUGUGUACCAGAGCCAGGUGGUGCGGGAUGUGAGCUAUGUGGACUUACAGAAGCUCCUCCUGAAGGAGAUGACCAACAUGGUGACCAACGACACCCUAACCUCGGAGCAGGAGAGUGGACUAUUCCUCAUUGGUGUGGACGAUGGCGGCAGCUGCGUCAUCUGCCUGGACCCGGCCCUGGACGUGCCUCUGUAUCACGAGUGUGUGGAGCAGGCGCUGGCCCUUUGUGACCCGGCGGCAGGCCCUCCACACAUCAAACUUGUCCUCCAGUGGACCAACCAGACCAAAGAAAAGUACAUAGUAGAUGAUGUGGACCACGUGGAUGAACAUUUCAGUGUGAAGGAGCUGAAGGAGAACCCUCUACAGUGUGCCUCUGUCUCCUUGCAUCAGUGUCUGCAGCUGCACACGUCGGCAGAGAAGCUCGGGUGUGGGGACGCAUGGCACUGCCCAACUUGUAACCGCAAGCAGCAGGUGGUGAAGAGACUCAUGCUUUGGUCUGCCCCACAGAUACUGGUCAUCCACCUCAAGCGCUUCAAACAAGGAACCCUUCAGAGCAACUCAUCCAAGCUUUCCACCACUGUCAAGUUCCCCCUGACUGGCUUUGACAUCUCGGAACACGUAGCCAGCAAACCCAACCACACACACCCCAAUGGGCCUGCCGACUCUGGUAUGCUUGGCGGGGUGUGGUCACCCUGGAAGAGACCGAAGCGGUACGUGACAUACCCCGAGGAGAAUGUGUACGACCUGUAUGGUGUGUGCUACCAUCACGGGAAGGACAUGCAGGGGGGACACUACACAGCUGUGUGCAAAAAUACAGCAGACAACAGAUGGUACAGCUUUGAUGACAGCAAGGUGGAAGCUGCCAAAGAAGACCAGGUAGUGAGUCCUGAUGCAUACAUUCUCUUCUACCAGCGUCGAAGUGACAACACGUUGAUGAGCUGCUCUGAGGGAGGUCUGCCCGAGCACUGGUCCUACAGGAUACCCCUCUCAUACUUGCCGCCCGCCCUUGCCCUCCCCACCAACAAGGAGACCAAAGUCCCAGCACCUCCGCCGGCACCAUUUGAGCGAGGGCGUUCAUACGGGACGCUGCCAGUUGGUGCUCGGGUACAGAGGCAAUCGUCCAUGGAGCGGGAACACGCAUCUGACACAGAGGCACCACUGGCAUCACAUGAGGAAUCCCCUCUCCUGAAGCGAAGGUCCACAAGUACGCUGCUUGAGAAGGAAGACUCCCCUGCAGAAGAGAUACCCAAGUGUAACCUGAAAAUUGAGACUGUGAAGGUGGAUGUAUUAGCCAGCCAGAAGAUGGCAGAGAAGGAGGAUGACAGCAUGGAGUGUGACACCACCAUCAUUCCAGUCAAUGGUGACAGUGAUGAGGAAAUGCCAGAGGUGCUGAGGAAGACUGCAAACUCCCCCACCUCCUCUUCUCCAACCCCAUCCCCCACCACUACCACCACCAACAAGACAGUCCUCAUCUCCCGGUGCCAGGCUGUGAGGGACACUGACGUGCCCGACGGUGCUUCCCCAUCCCCUCCCCUCACCAAUGGACACGCUGCCCCGUCAGGUGAAGAGGAAGAAGAGGAUGAGGAGGAGCUUAACGUGCCUUCACUGGAUUCCCGGGAGAGUGACCACAGGCAGGAACAGACCCCGGAGGUCAGGAUCCACCCUGCCACCCCUGAGGUGCUGGCUGCCCACCAGGGACACGCCGACAGCCAACCCAAACGCAGCAUCAUCACUCUCACACUACGGCCGAGGAACCCCAGUGAGUCGUCCUGUGAGGCUCGGGUGGUGUCGCGCACCCCCAGCCUGGCCAGCACCCGCAGCUCCUCCAGCGUGUCCAGCAGCCCCACGGUGAAUGGUGUGGACGGGCCCUACCUGAACGGUGUGGAUGAUGAGCCCCACAGCCCCAUCACUCCAGAGAUCAGGAUCACACCCCUCGCCAAGCCAGGCGAUGGGACGGGUCCUGUGCCUCCACCAGUCAAAGUGUCCACCAGGUGCAUGAAUGCCAACAAGACGGCAAGCUUUGUGGUCAUCAACACCCCCACUGCAAGUCCCAGAGCACCUCGCCCCAAGACUCCAACCAGUGCCACCUACAAUGGUUCUCCAAAGCCUUUCUCCACAUCCAAGACCACCGUGAAGACCAGAGACCCCUCUGUGGAGUCCUUGAGGAACCAGCGGCCUGUUAACUCCUCCAGAAAGGAGAACGGAGUAACCUCCAAAGCACCGCUGACGAACGGUAAGAGCCCCACCAUGACCCCGGCUGUGAACUACUGCAGUCCCCUCAAAGUUACUGCCACCACCACCACUGGUCCCAGGACACACCGUCCAGAUAGAGGAGAGCUUAGGUAUCCUCGGGAGGCCAGGUGUGAUCGCAGAGAAGACAGGUAUGAGAGGCGGGACGACAGGUACAGCAGAGAGGAGCGCCACUCUAGAGAAGACAGGUACGACAAGAGAGAAGACAGAUAUGACAAGAGGGAGGACAGGUGUGAGAGACAGGAAGACAACAGGUAUUCCAGGAGGGAGGACAGAUACAACAGAGAUCACAGGUUUGACGUUGAGAAGCGAUACGUGAGGGAGACGAGGAGACACGAUGGUGACUCUGGCCACGCUGAGAAGGACUACGACCCCCACAGUACCAGCCUGGGCGGUGCAGUAUGGACUUCAGGGAGCUACGGGAGGCGUGGUGCAAGCGAGAGUACAACUACAAGUAUGAGGAGGAGCCCAAGUGUGAACGCAUCUAUGCUUACGAGAGGGACCUUGACCACCCCCACCAGCAUAAGUUUGGGAGGGAAGGCAGAUAUGAGAGGGAUGGCAUGCAUGAGAGGGCAGGCGGGGAUCUGUUGGGGAAGGGGCGAGCGUCGUAUGACUCCCGGGACCAUUACCGCCCACAAGACUAUUCUAAGGGCCUGCCCAACACUGCCAGCACCCCCACCCCCACCCCCACCGUUAUCACAGAGUCCAGUGUAUGAUAGCGGUUACCAUGUUGUUUGUAUUUGUUUUCGGAGUGCAGUAGUUUUUAGCACGCCGCUGCCUCCCUUCUCUCUCUUCUCCCUGCGGAUGCGCCGACCAAGUGUUUUGCGCAGAAAGUGUGAUAUAAUUUAUUUCCUCGUCUUGGCACUGAAUGGAAUUAGUUACUGUUGGGGACGCGGGGCUGAAUUCCUAUGACCCGAGGGUUGACCAAUGCUCAGCCAUUCUGCCUUUCUGCAAGAUGUUUAUGUUGCCUGUAAAUUAUUGUCAUUAUUAUAGUUUCCUCCAGAUACACGAGCCUUUGGCAUGUGGAGAUGUUCUGGAUGAAUAUAAACACCAACAGAGAUGCACAUAAGCUGCUGCUGCCCCACACCUGCUGUUUAUACAUUCCAUUUUGCAGAUUUCAUACGUAUAAAUAAGCCUGUACAUAAUUUUUACCAGAAGUUUAUCGAGAUUUUUAUAUAAUGUGCCUCAUGAGUUUUAGUAUAUAUGAAAUGAAAUAUAUAUAAUACAAUAUAUAUACACAGAAUACAUGUAUAUUUGUUUAGCAGACUUUAGUUUGUGGCAGAAUGUUAAUGUUCAGCUUUCACACCCUCUGUUCACUGGCAGCUCAAACACUAGGUGGUUCCUGGGCCAGUGGGCAGCUUCCUCAGCUAGCUCUGGGCAGCACUGUCAGAGUCACCAAAGAGGCAAAUUUUGUUAUUUGAUUCACUUACACUGUUUAGUUGAGCAAUGUGACUUUGGUGGCUCAGCAGUGCUUCUGAGUAUGAGUAUGCAAGACCUCACAGUGUUCAUUGGUGUGUGUGUGUGUGUGUGUGUGUGUGUGUGUGUGUGUGUGUGUGUGUGUGUGUGUGAGUGAGUGAGUGAGUGAGUGAGUGAGUGAGUGAGUGAGUGAGUGAGUGAGUGAGUGAGUGAGUGAGUGAGUGAAAGAGAGAGACCAUGUGUGACUCUACCCAAACAAACUUGGUAUGAAUGCUAAUUUCCUGGUAAAGCAACUGAGGCUGGUUUUUCCACGGCCCGCGUGCAGUCGGUUUGGUGCCUGUUUUCCACUGGUUCCAGUUUACAGACCUGCUUGUCACUGACCUGGGUAUCAUCAGUGCUCAUUUUGUUUGCAUUUACUACUAUACAAAAUUUUCCUCCAGUCAUCCAUGUCUACAAAAUGUCCAAUAAGAAGUCUUUGAUGUGAAAAAAAUGUCCAAAAAACUUCUUGUGUAUGUGAACUAGAUAAGCAUGACCAAUUUUUUCUUCCCCUGUGAAAAUUUGUGCGAGCCGAGUAGCACACCUGUGUUGCAUGUGUGUCCCCGGGUCCCUCUGUGUGUGCGGGGCCAAGUCAGUCUGUGGUGAGCCUGUGACCCUCCAUGAUGCUAUACUGUGUCAAGGUGAACCCAAAGGUAAUGCUCCUUAUUUUUAUCUUGAAACAUAUCAGUUUUAUUAUUUUGUGAAGGCACUUGAUUUGUAUAUAUUUGGUCAAAUAAUAAUAAUGCAAUUGCUGAACUGGGUCUGA